AUUUUCAUGCGAAAAUUAUGGCUGAAGUGAAGUGAGUGAGAGUCCCAGGGGAACUCUUGACUUGGCGAUAUCGUGUGAACUUGAGACAAGGCCAGAUGAAAGACUUGGUCUCUAGAAUUCGCAAGUGACAUGGUUGUUCACUUGCUUCAAGCCAGGUUAGCAAGCCGCGCGUGGGCGAUUGAAGUGGCAGUUAUGGCCAUAAAUACAAAUAUGUUCGUUCGCGUAAGCAGAUAUUGACUGCCGCCAGUGUCGCUCAAUAAACAUGCCAGCAGAUAGCAGCAGAAAAAGCAGCAGCAGCUGCUGCAGACUCGCAACUGCCAAAUAGAUGUGCAAUAUUCGUAAUCCGUAGGUUGAACUCCGCCGCCGCUGGCCGAUCUGAUGGUGAUGUAAGCUCCGGUUCUGGGUUGCCAAUUACCGCCGACUGCUGACUGCCGUCUAACCGCCGUCUAACCAACUGUAGAAUGUAAAGCUUCUGCAGCUCGCGAAAAACUCGCCCACCCACUGCCACUGCCACUGGCACUGCCAGCGGUACAGCGUCAUCAUCAUCAUCGCCGGCUGCACAGUGAUCUCUGCGAAGUUCGAUCUUGCACGCGAUGCGAAACAGUCGACAAACGAUCGAUCGGGAAUGCCAUUCUUUGCAGCUUAAAGCGGCCGCAAUCAGGAUCAGCAUGCAGGAACUUACAAGGAUCUGCGAUCUUAACGGAAACGCAGAUAGGGGAGAGCUGGGUCCAGUAGCACCGGCUACCAACAAUCUGGACCAGCUGCUACCCAACAUAAAGCUGGAGCACGAUCCCGACCUGGAGUGCUGGCUGCCCACGCCCGAGCACCCACAACUCCGCCUGGAUCUGAACAGCACACGGCUGCUGCUGCAGGGCUCCGACGACCCACUGAUCUCGCAUGGCGCCACCAACGAUGCCCACGACGAGGACCAUCCCUUCAAGACGCUACUGGCCCGCAAAAGUGCCGGCCACGAAACGCCACACAAUGGCACCUGCAGUCCGCUGACCAAGCAGCAGCUGAAGGCCAAUCUGCUGAUGGGCAGCCGAAAGACGAUGAGGCAGCCGCCACAGGAGAAGCCACCCACAACACCACCACAAAAGACAGUUAGGCCAGUGCACAGCCAGGGCCAAGCCCGAUCACGAAAGCGCGGCGAUGCGGGCGCCAUGAAGCUUCGCUUCCAUCACCAAGCUCUGCCCGCGGAGUAUGCCGCCCAUUACGAGGCCACACAGGGUCGCCAGCCACCAAGACCAGCGCUACCGCCGCCACCUCCUCCGCCGAGUCAGGCGCACGAGAACGUGCGCAGUUGGCUGCGAAAGAUUGCCGAGAUCCAGCGCAGUGCCGAGCGCCAGCAGCAGAAGCAGUCGUCCACUCCUCGAGCUGGAGCACCAACCUCGCGUUCCUCACCCAUCGCAGCGACGUCAGCUGUGCCGGCCAAAGGUCCCGAGGUUACCACCGCCUCCAAGCGGAACUCCUUAAAGUACGCCGAUCUGCCUUACAUGGGUGAGAUUACGCUGGAUAACUACAAGCCACGUCGUGGUCGAAAGCCCAAGAAGGCGGACAUCUGCCACCUGAUCUACAAAAACUACGGCACCAUUGUUCCAGCAUCUGUGCCUGCGAUGCCGGUCAGUGCUGCUCCGCCGACGUCUACCUCCACGAUUGCGUUGCCACCCGAGGAGCCGCUGAAUCUCUGCCUGCGGGACCAGAGCGGCGAUCGCUUCUCCAUCUCCAGCGGCGACAGUGAGAAGCCGAGGACUACACCAACUACGACCACUGCGACGACAGAUUGCGGCAGCUCCUCCCAUCGGACCACACCACUUAGUACGGUGAAACCACUGACCUUGGAGCUGGCAGGCAGCGAGGAACAGCCCAUGACAGCAGCCAAGUUGCUUCUCCAGCCAGUCGGUCUGUACUACCAGCAGCUGGUGGAGUCCUGCAGCCUGGGAGGGUUGCCCGUGCCCUUGGAGACCAUCGAGAAGGACAACCAGCUAUCCCUCAAGAUUCCGAUACCCAGCGGAUUCUUUGCCAAUGAGACUACGCCCCUGGCCAUGCGGAAGAGAAAGCGGUCAGCCAUCUUCAUCCCGCCCAUGCCCGCCGAGCACUCGUCGAGUCCCUCGAACGAGGUGAGCAUCUGCAAGUUUAAGUUCACCGGCGGUGCCAAGCCCACGCUGCAGGAGAAGAAGAUGCUCUCGGUGGACGCGGAGGGCAAUUACCGGUACUACAACGGCACCGGAGACAAGACCAUGCGAGGCUACGAGUUCAUCUCCCGGGAUCAGCAGCAACAGCUGCAGCAGCAGCAGCAGCCGGGGCAGGGUCAGGAGAAGCUCUAUGUGGAUAUUCCAGCCCCAUCGACGGACCUCAGUCCAGAGUUGCUGCACAUAUCGCCGGAGUCGCCCACCUCAACGCUGAUCCUGCCCAGCAGUAACCAUCUGGUGACUGCGGUAGCGCCACAUAGUCCAGCCUCCCAGUGCUCCAGCUCCCAAAGUCCCAUGCCCGGAGCAGUGUGCCCCGGUCACUCGCAAAGCAAGUCCUCGUCAGAGAGCGAACGUAAGCGAAGAUCUUCGAGGCGAUCAAAACAGCGCGAGAAGCUGGAGAAAACCUUCAAGGAGAAAGGCUUUCUCAUCCAAACCCAGCAGCUUCAAUCCGCCGAAGGGGCUACCUAUUGCAAGUUCAGACAACUAAAGAAGUUCACGCGUUACCUUUUCCGCAACUGGAAGGAUCACAUACCCGAGAGCGAUCUGGCCAAGCACCAGAGCGCUUCUCGGGAGGAUAGGCUGUCGGGUCUGGAAACCCAAACCGCCAACCAGACGACAUAGAGUUCCCCUAAGGACAUCCAGGAAACAGCCACACACAGCACUGCCAAAGAUUUAAGUUUAAGACCAGCUAAUGGCCGGCCCAACUUCGGUCGGCGUUGCCAGUUGAGGGUGGAGCACAGCAAUCCAUGCCGAUUCCGUCCACGCGGGCUGUCCAACAACGCGAUCAAUGAUCCUCAGCCACGCUUCCUAGUCGUUCAUCAGUUUUUCUAGUGCCUAAUAAAAUGUUAUUGUUAACAAAUAAACUCUAUGUUUAACCAUAUACAGCAG